GGCGAGGUACCCUCGCGUGUUUAUGGGGGUCGGGGCGGAUCUACAGGGAGAUGGCCCAGGGGCGGGCCCGGGGCGGGUCUGUGGGGAACCAAAGCUUAGGGCGGACCUAAGUCAAAGGCAACUGAAGGUGGCAGCGACCGCGGCGGCUGCAGCAGGGCACCAUGGCAGAGCUGCAGGAGGUGCAGAUCACCGAGGAGAAGCCACUGUUGCCAGGACAAACGCCUGAAACUGCCAAGGAGGCUGAGUUAGCUGCCCGAAUCCUCCUGGACCAGGGACAGACUCACUCUGUGGAGACACCUUACGGCUCUGUCACCUUUACCGUGUAUGGCACCCCUAAACCCAAACGCCCAGCGAUCUUCACCUACCAUGAUGUAGGACUCAACUAUAAAUCUUGCUUCCAGCCACUGUUUCAAUUCGGGGAUAUGCAAGAGAUCAUCCAGAACUUUGUGCGGGUUCAUGUGGAUGCCCCUGGAAUGGAAGAGGGGGCUCCUGUGUUCCCUUUGGGGUACCAGUACCCGUCUCUGGACCAGCUUGCAGACAUGAUUCCUUGCAUCCUUCAGUACUUAAAUUUCUCGACAAUAAUUGGAGUUGGUGUUGGAGCUGGAGCCUACAUUCUGUCACGAUAUGCUCUGACCCACCCGGACACAGUUGAAGGUCUUGUUCUCAUCAACAUUGAUCCCAAUGCCAAGGGCUGGAUGGAUUGGGCAGCCCACAAGUUGACAGGCCUCACCUCUUCCAUUCCGGAGAUGAUUCUUGGACAUCUUUUCAGCCAGGAAGAACUUUCUGGAAAUUCUGAGUUGAUACAAAAGUACAGAAAUAUCAUCACACAUGCACCUAACCUGGAGAACAUUGAGCUGUAUUGGAACAGUUACAACAACCGCCGAGACCUGAACUUCGAGCGAGGUGGUGAGACGACCCUCAAGUGCCCUGUGAUGCUGGUGGUAGGAGACCAAGCCCCUCAUGAAGAUGCCGUGGUGGAAUGUAAUUCAAAACUGGACCCCACACAGACCUCGUUCCUCAAGAUGGCUGAUUCUGGAGGUCAGCCGCAGCUGACUCAGCCAGGCAAGCUGACGGAGGCUUUCAAGUACUUCCUGCAAGGCAUGGGCUACAUGGCCUCAUCCUGCAUGACUCGCCUCUCUCGGUCUCGGACAGCAUCUCUGACCAGCGCAGCGUCCAUUGAUGGCGGUCGGUCCCGCUCCCGCACCUUGUCCCAGAGCAGCGAGUCUGGGACUCUCCCUUCUGGACCGCCGGGGCACACCAUGGAAGUCUCCUGUUGAAUGACCCUCACCGCCCUCCCUGGUGUGGGGACCCAGCCCUCACCUCCUGCAGCACUAACCUGAGAGGUGUAUCGGGGCAUUGGGCCAGAGUAAGCCAGGAGAAUGGGCAGAUCAUGCAGGGAGAUGACCUUGAUCUUUAAUUGCUACCCUCAUCUUGACCUUUAACCUGUGAUUUCCUUUAUCUCUUAGGAGAGAUGUCCUAAUAUCUCUUAGAGAUCCAGGCCCCCUAAAUUAUCCCCUCUCCCAUUUUGGUGUUGAGAAGUCUUGUGUCUUCUCUCCCUGACCUAGGUGUCUGGAGGUGAGGAAAUAAUUCGCGGUUGUAGCUGCCACAGGGUCUCCACCGCUCCCUCCCCUCAUCCCAUAUCUGCAAGGGUAGGAGAGUUGGUGUGUGUGUGUGUGUGUGUGUGUGUGUGUGUGUGUGUGUGUGUGUGUAAGGGUGUGAGAGGGGGCGCUCCAUCCCCCAAAGCUGACAGUGGCUUUGCCUUGACUCUUCGGGCCUCUGAAGGCAAUGGGCCUACAUGAACGUCUCUCGGGGGGAAGGGGGAGGGGUCUGCUGGUGGGUCAGUGGUCCUUAAAAUGUGACCGAAGUGUCCAGCAUGUGAAAGGAAAGCUCGAAGGGCAUUGGCGGACAGUGAGUAAGAGCCGUGGUGGAAGGGUAGGAGCUGGGGCCGUAGAGCGGGGCCUGGGCCCUGUGACUGCACUAACUCUGGUAGCUGUCAGAGUGGGACUAGGGGAGAGAGAGAGAGCUUAGGUCAGACUGCUUGGGACUCGGCAUAAGGGUGGGAAGGGCUGCCUCGGGCUCCGACCACACUGUUAGGUGUAGAGCGUGACCUCCUGUCUCCCACGACUUCUGCUGUGACAAUAAAACUGUAGAGGAAACUGA